AUGAUCGGAGUGGAACGGAGCUCUGGCGAAGAUCCGCCUGUCACUGUGAUGAAAAAGGCAGGAAGGGGAAUGCCUGGUGACAUCGUUUGCUGGCGCCGCCCACCGGACAGUCCAGAACGGGUCGACCACGUACGUCUAGCGAACCAGUUACGUGCAUCGGCUUGUGGCGGUGAUUUUAGCAACAAUAUGGUUGACGUUGUGCUAUAUACGGACGAGCAGCCAGAGAAGCAAUCGGCUGCACGAUUCUGCUCAAAGAGGAGGAUAUCAACAGGAAGUUGCGGUGAGAGUCCGGCGAAAAUUGUACGACAUCUACGUGAUCAGUUGGAAUGUACGAAUAUUUUCAGGAAGAUUCAGAUCUUGGAAGGUGAGGGCAUUUUUCGAAGUGUUCUAAACACUGGGGUUAUUUACAACAGGGCAAUUUUCGGCAAUUUUUUCUAUGGGUAG